AUGAAUGGUGCCAUGAGAAACUUGAACGAAGGCUCUUAUCAGCCUUCUUAUGAUAUUGACCAGAAUAAUGUAAAUAUGGAUACUUCUUUGGUGACGCUUGAUGGGUUUCCAAGAUCUGAUAUUAAUGUUAUUGAAGUAAGAAAUUCCAGAGUAAAAAUUAUCAAAUUAAGAAACGAUCUGAAAGCGGUUAUAAAUGAGAUCAGUGAAAAGAUUCAAACUCAAUUGACAGAAACGAAUACUUCUCAAGAGACUUUCAAGCCAAACAGUCAAAUUCCCUUUGCAAAAAUAGUCGAAAUCAUUCCUAAUAGCCCUGCUAAUAAAGCGGUAUGUUUUUUUCGUUAA